GUCUGUGUGUGAGUGUGAGGGGGGUGUGGCCUGCACUUCCACCGGCUUUACCGCACUCACGCACAAUGAAACAACGAGAGGGUAAUGUAGGACACCACGUUGGGGCUUAAAGGAUACGGACACGCGCUAGUGGUACCGAGUUUCCUGCGAUUCUUUUUAACAAGUUGGAUGUGAUUAUUCUUUCUUUUUUUUCUUCUUUUUUUUUUGAUUCGCCGCGUUCAUAUGGACUGCGUUUAAGGAUCGAGUUGUUUUUUUUUUUUUUUAAAUAUAUUUCAUCAGAGGAACGGGGUGGGAACCGAGACAUCGUUCUCGCGCGCCCCUUUGCGCUUUGUUGUUUCGGCGUGGAAAUACGAUACGCGCGAGACCAUGUCCGUGUUCGCCGACUCCGAUUAUCUCGCCGCCGAGUGCCUGGUGUCGAUCUCGAGCGGUCCCGUGCUUCACCGGGCCAGGGCCCUGCCUCACGGCGAGGCGGACGGCUCGAGCGAGGACAGGGAGGUGCGCGAGACCCUUAGGCUCGAGGGCGCGGGCGGGGAGGCCGACGUCGUCCUCGCGGACACGCACGCCGCUUUCCGGCCCAUGUCCGCCCACUCGGAGAGCAGCAGCAGCUCGUCGUCGUCGAGCUCAUGCGGCGAGAGCGGCUACGCCACCCUGUGCGACUCGGGCACCGCGACCCCGACCAUGACCCCCACCGGUACCCCGGUUCCGGGACAGACAAACCGCAACGCCCCCCAGCAGAUGUGGGUAGAGGCAGGAGGAGGAGGAGGAGGAGGAGGGGCCCCGCGCUCUCCUUCUAAGCGCCACCCGUGCACUUUCGACGGAUGUGACCGAGUGUACGGAAAAUCGUCACACCUGAAGGCGCACAUCAGGACGCACACAGGUGAGAGGCCGUUCCCAUGCACCUGGGCCAACUGCGAGAAGAAAUUCGCCCGCUCCGACGAGCUGGCCCGUCACCUGCGCACUCACACGGGUGAGAAGCGCUUCCAGUGCCCGCUUUGUGCCAAACGCUUCAUGCGCAGUGAUCACCUGAUCAAGCACGCCCGCCGCCACCCCGACUUCCACCCAUCCAUGAUCGGACGCCGGGGCCAUGGCUCGCCCCAGGGCCAAGGGUCAUCAAUCAGUGCACAGUCUCAGUAAACCAGCAGCAUCCAUUUCACAACCUAAACCCAGUCGGACACUUUUUACAUAGCAAUGCAACUCCUUUUUUUACACAUAAGCCGCCUAUCUGGGCACCAAGUAGUGUUCGAAGUUCUCACUCCCUUCAAAUCCCAUCGCCUUGUCUUCCUUCGAGUCCGGUCAUGAGGUUGAGCUGGUCAUUUGCCUCAAUACAAAAAUCCUGGUGCAAUCAUAUCAUCCAACACGACUGACGAGUGAUGUCAAGUCUGCUGCAAGAUUUCCGUGUAUUGUAGAGCCGUUUAGCUCUCGAGCGUCUCACUCUCGCCACAAGCACAACACGCUAACUCCUACCAGGCAGCGAAGCUAUUUCGGGUUAACAAGAUGGCCGUCCACAACGCAGCACAAUCCUCGCUCUCAGAUUCUUCCGUUUGUUUCUGAAAGUCUACCUAGGUUACAUCACUUCUCAGUCAUGUUUGAGAUGUCCUUUUCUCUUUUCUGGUUUAUGGGCGUGGAUGUUAAUCCCCCCUAUUAAACAGACACUGUUUGAAACUGCUAUGUCAUUCCAGUUUCGUUCUGCGUUCCAGUACUGUUUUUAAAUACACCCUAAUUGCCAUUCCUUCGCCACUGCAUAACAGUACUAUAAAAGUACUGCAUCACAACACGACACCAAAAAAAAAACUCCACCCCACCCUUAAGUAGGACGCGCCAUGUAUUUCAGCUAGCUAACUAACUAGAUAACUAUCUAAGCGUGCUACCUAGCUGGCUAGAGUGCUUAAACAGCUGGAUUGUUAAUUAGCUAGUUUGCUCAAGCUAUACAGGUUGGCUGUUAUGACUAGCUUUCAACAUUACAAUUUUGAACAGAAUGAUUUUGGAAAAUCCCUGAAAAUGGUGACCAUUUCAACCCAGAAUAAACAAGGGUGUACACCAAACAGUACUGGAAUGCAGUCUUAGAUGGACCAUAUCAUCUCUUCACAUGGUGCUCUAUUUACAGUUCUCCUGUAACACGACUAAGAAAAAAAAAAAAAAGAAAAAAACCCGUUGGUCAAUCACACGGGACUCGCAAAAUAUCCUCGUAGCUUGGUUUACAUCGAACAGCGCCACUGUGCUCGGGCUCCAGUGACGAUCCUUUCUGUAUAACCUAAUGACGCUGGUUAAUUCUCAAACAUCUGUUCAUGAAACCGAUAAUGGAAAACGAAAGAUAAAUAUUUCUUGCAUUUCCAUCCUUUGAGGUCUCGAAUAUUGGUAUAAGUUAUUGUUGUUUUCCUUUUUGUAUUUCUACACGCAAUAUAUGUGUUUGGUUCUAAUUUGCUCUUUCCAAACAAAAAAAAAAAAACAACGAUGGGCUCGACCCUGACGUUCCAUGACCGCUGAAACGGUUAAAUGGUUCGACGUGUUUUUUUUAGUUAUUUCCUCUUUAAAAAAUAUUUAGACGUGUAACCUCAUGCUGGAGCGUUGCAGAUGGCUCGAUGUCCAUGUGUGUGUGUAUGAGCGUGUAUGAGUGUGUAUGGGUAUAGCUAUGCUUGAAGCUUCUACAGUAGAGAUGUUAACAUAAAUUAUAAUGAUUUUAGGGGUUAAAGGGCACUCGAUCGCUUGAAUAGAUAGGCUAGUGCUGCUUGUUCGUGUGCGCAGUGUAUGCCAUGUAUGUAUAAGAGAGAAAGAAAUGCUAAUCUCUCUCUCCAAACACCUCUAUCUCAGAGAACAAUGUAAACACAUCAGGAAUUUCAGAAAGCCUUAAUUCCUCGCCGACUUAUUUUGCACCAUUGUUUACCGUUACACACUUACUACAGGUAACUUAACGCCGCAGGGUGGUUUUAAUUGUUUCUUCUUUUUUUUUUUCUCCCUUCUCAACAAAAAUAAAAUACAAAUAUGCAAUAUUGCACUUUUCUUCUAGGUGAUGAUGAUGAUGCAUCUGUCUGCUAGCGUGAUGGGUAACACUGUAUAAUUAAUUAUACGUCUUCAAAUAUAACAAUAAGUAUAAUUUAAAGAAGAAAAAAAAAAAAAGAAAAAAGGAACACUGUGGAAUUGGAAGGGGAACCCGUCACGGAACACUUAAGUCUCGGGAUGCACCUUUUUUCCGAGUGCUUGAAUAAAGUGCGACAAAGGGAAGAAACGGACUUGUUCACAGAAAAUUUUUUAAAAAAUAUAUAUUUCUUUUUCCUGUAUUAUCUUUUUUUGUUGUUAUUGUUUUCUUCUAUCAAGCAAAGGACUCCUGUGUCGCUUUUCUCAUCUUUCUUUCCUUUCCAUCAAGGCGAAAGAUUAUUUUUUAACGUUCUACGAGAUGACGGUAUCUUCAUCCACGCACAUAAUGCAAUACAAGGACUGCAACGGGUAGCUGCAGGCAGUUAUCUGAACUGUAACACAUCAAAAAAAAAGGUCAAACUAAUGAAAUUACAAAGGAAAAGGUCAGUUUUUUUCCUUCCCUAACGGGUGUCAAAGGAGAGAGAGAGGGGGAAAAAAAACAAACCAAACCAAUAUUAUACCUCUGGUGUCUUGUGUUAAAAGAUUGUGAGAUUCUGUCCGUCAUGCUGUUUUGAGUAAAUGUAUUUUUUGUUUAUUUUAAUUUUUUCACCUCACAUCAACAUUUAGCCGCAAUACCCUCGUCUUGUGGCUUGUCUCAUUUCAGUUGGUAAAAAAUGUGUUCUUUCAAACCCAUUCGUUCCUUCCUACAUCUGAUCAGUUUACGGUUAGCGCUAGCAGUGCUAAUUCUUGGCCAGUAAAUUACCAUGACAACAAAAACCCCACAGAAUCUUUUUUUUGUUCGUUUCUCAUUAUUUUUCUGUUCUAAAUGUGUCCCAUCUGUCUAUUAGUACUAAAAAAAAAAAAAAAAAAAAGGAAACAAAUAUAACAAGCUAAUGCAGCAGUAGCUGGUUAGCAUUAUGCAAGUUAGAUCAUGCUAAACAUGUUUAGCUUUAUUAGCCAUCUUUAUUUGAAGAACGUUUCUUUGGUGACCUGUAGUGGCCUUCUGGGUAGUAUAUGAUGAAGUCCAUUUUUAAAGCUAGUUUGGUAGGUUAGCGUUUUCUUUUUGUUUGUUUGUUUGUUUGUUUUUUCCUCAGUGAUGCAAAAACCACCCCAUGUCUCUUGUCUGUCAGAUGUUUUCUUUAGUAUUGUUUACUUUUUUGACUCUAAUCUUUUUUUUUUCCUGUUUAAUUUUUAAAAAAAAAUAUUUUACAAGUUUUAUCUAAAUGUGUGUCAAAAGAAUGCUCAAUACAAAAAUGCUAGCGUUGCUAGUAACGAACAGGAGGCAAGCUGUGUCUGUUUCUUUAGCUUAUCUUAAUUUCUGUGUUUUAAAACAUUCACACACAAAAAAAUGCAAAUCUUCCUAUCGGUUUUAUGCAAAUGAUCUCAUCCUAGCCUUUGCUCUUUAUUAGCCAUGUUAGCAUUUAUGAGUGAAGCAUUCCUUUUGAUGGUCUUGUGUAACCUAUAAUGUAUAGUGAUACCCUCUGAGGUAAUUUAGGAUAAAAGCCUGUGUAACUGGAUUAGUUUAGCUGUUAAAUGUAGUGCUAACAGCUAGUAAAACUUGUUUGGAGCCCCCAGUGUUUUUUAUAAGUCUGUCUAAACCGGUCUAUUUUGUUUGUCCUUUUGUUUUGAUCAGUUGUAGUGAGAGAAAAGCUAAUCUUGGUCUAAAAAGCUGCCUUCUUGCUUCGUGUCAAUCCAAUCUUGACCUCAUUUGUCUUUAAAGCUUGUUUUGUACACACUAAAACCAAAUACACUCCAUUUUUUUUGUGCAGGUCAAUGAUCACACUAAUAAGUCUGUCAAGACUGCAUCAGAGUCUCUCUUCCUUUUGACGAGGUUAUGACCUCAUCAGGAUUUGGGCUUUAAUGCAUCUCCUCAGGUGAUUUAAACUGAAUGCUGAGAAUCUCCAUUCUUCACCGAUAUAUAAGCAUGUGAUGUAUUUUAUUUUAAUUUUUUUUUGUUAUAAUUUGGUUUACUGUUGGUAUUCCUCUGCUGAUUUAAUUUAUUACAUGCUGUUUGUGGUGUUGUUUUUUUUUUCCCAUAGCACAUUGUGAGAUAUGGAACUUUGCUAAUAUUUGGGUUAAUUGAUUGCCUCAAACCACAAGAAACUGCCAGUGCUUUUUAAAUAAAUUUAAAAAAAAAUCUAA